AUGUACCGGGCGCUGUUGCUGUGCGUGUUGGCCUGGGGUGCCCAGGCUUAUCCCCACUACGUCCCCUCGUGUGGAACGUGUGGCACCGCCGAAGCUGCCGCGGCGGAAGCUGCCAAGGCGCAUCGGUCACUGACGGAGCAGGCGGCCGCCGCCGCGCGGGUUGCGGCUGGCGAUGCAAAGACGCUGGGCCUGUCGGAGGAUUAUCAGGCCCAAUAUGGCGGCAAGGCAGCGUUUAAAGUUUUUCAGGAGGCCGGCAAAUCCCUGGAAGCCAGCAGCAUUGGCGCGGGGCAACAGGCGGCGAACAUCGCCAAGGCCGCCGGCCUCUCACCGGAACAGCAGCUGAAAAACGCCGCGAUCACCGUGGCCAUCGCCAACGGGGCACUGGACCACAGCGAUCAGAAGCGAGCCGACAUGGCCUACGCCACAGCGCGGUCCAUCGCUCCCAGCAUCGACUUUGCCUCACCUGCGGAACAGGAUGAGGCGCUCAAGAACAUGGAUGGUCCCAUUCAGUUCAUUACCGGGGUGCUCCCCACUGGGCAUUGGAACCCAGGGAGACCAGGCGGCGGGCCUUUCAGCCCCGUCUUCAAGGAUGAAGCUGCGCCAGUCGGUCAGACGUCGGCCUCCUGGGCCAGCCUCGGGCAUACGGAGGGCCACCACCUCGCCGGUUGGGAGUGGUUCCUGAUGGUCUUCGGCUUGGUCGUCUUCUUGGGUGGCCUGAGUGUGCUGCUCUACAACUAUGCCUUCGGGCCCAAGAGCUACGGCUAUUCGUCGGAGGACGACGCCAUGGACGAAGACCCGGAGUGA